AUGGUUAAUUAAUUCAAUCUUGAAAUAUUUUUCCAUAUUUCUUGGUUUUGUAUAAUUAAAAAAAAAAGGUAUUAGGAAUACAAUUACUUGUUAGAAACACCUAAAAAUGUAAUUUCUUAAGUUAAGACAAAACUAAAGGCCAAGGAAAACAGCUUAAUUUUAAAGGUUAAUUUUUCAGAUAGUUGUUCAUUUUUCCUUAUAAUAAAUGAAAAUUUAACAUUUUCCCUUAUAUUUUGGAAUUUAAAAAUUCACAAAUCCAGGGGUGGUAUCUAGAUAGUUUUUGACUCAAAAUCCUGGGGUGGUACCUACUUACCCGAAUAUAGUAGGGUUUUCCCAAGCCCCUACGCCGGAAUUGGAAUCUCUGUCCGUUUAUGGGAUGUUAAGACAGGAAAAUAAAAAGCCAAAUUAAAUGAUCAUUCACAUUAUGUUUAUUCAGUCAAUUUUCUCUCCUAACGGUAAUACUUUAGCAUCUGGUAGUAAUGAUAACUUCAUAUUUUUAUGGGAUAAUAAGUAAGCAAAAGAGAUUAUACCUCAAGAUAAUUGUUAAAAAGACCUUCUUUCUUAGUUUAAAUUCCCACUUUCAAAUAAAUCCAUUUUAUUGAAUGGUUCUUUUGCUAAUUUUGAUAGUACAAUUCUAAGAAUAUGUCAAAAUCAAGAUUUGUUGGCUUCAGAGGCUUUAAUUUUCAAAGGAGUAUUUGCAAAUUGUUAAGGUCUAGAUCUAAAAUUAUUAGUCAAUUCAAAAGGAAGUUGGAUUUUUGAAAUCAGAAUUGGAUUACAUCAACAAUAAAANAGCACAAGAGAUUUUACCUUAAGAUAAUUGUUACAAAGAUCUUCUUUCUUAGUUCAAAUUGCCACUUUAAAAUCACUCAAUUUUAAAAAAUAGUAUUUAUUAAUAGUAUACUUUAGCUAAAAUUGAUCGUACAAUAUUAAGAAUAUGUUAAAAUCCCACUUUGGAAGCCUCAGAAGCCUUAAUUUUAAAAGGAGUAUUUGAAAAUUAUUAAGGUUAGAAUUUAACACCCUUAUUCAAAUCUAAAGGAGGUUUGAUUUUAGAAAACUUUAAAGAAUUGCAAUUAGAUUGA